AUGUUCGAUGGUCAAAAGACUGUACAGAUCAUUUUUAUUGCAGGUGGUGGUUCUCCUGGCCGGAAACAAGUCUAUGAGCACGCCUUUUCAAGUACAGCUUAUCCACCACAAGCUCAUCUAUUUAUGCAUAAUGAGCUAACAUAUACGUCAACACCACCGAAAUAUAUAUUUUUCUUUUGUGUGCAACCUGCAGCAAUAGGUGGUGAAACCGCAAUAGCUGAUUCAAAAGAAAUUUAUUCGAAAAUAGAUCCAGCUAUCACUAAACAGUUGGAGGAUCGCGGUGUUAAAUAUUCCCGAUUGUUUAUUGAUGAAAAACGUCUUGCUGAAAUCGAUGUACACAACUAUCAAAUAACAAAAACAUGGCAAUUGGCAUUUGGUGUUCAAAGUAGUGAGCAAGCUGAGCAGUUAGCGCGACAAGUAGGAUAUGAAGAUAUACGUUGGUAUCCAAAUGGUGAUAUGCUCAUUAAAACAAAAACUUUACCAGCUACAAGAUCAACUGAAAAGAUAUGGUUUAAUCAAGUGCAAGGAUGGGAUCCACGGAUUGCCGCUGAUGCGAAUGCAAUCAAUGAAAAUUUACAUUUAACCAUUCAACAUCCGUACGAAGAAUUAUUUCAGUAUUAUCCACAGGGUUGUUAUUAUGGAGAUACAGAUGAAAUUAUUUCGUAUGACGAAUUGAAACAUAUAAAUGAUGUAACAUGGUCCUGUGCACAUAAUUUAGAUUGGAAAGCAGGUGACUUAUUGUGGAUUGAUAAUUUUCAAACAGCACAUGGAAAACGACCACAUGUCGAUAAUAAUUGGCAACGAAGGCAAAUAUUGGCAUCAUUAGCUGAUCCAUAA